AUGGUCUCCACUCGAAUCAUCACUGUUGCCGCCCUGGCCUCCGCUGCUCUUGCUGCUCCGGCUCCCGCUCCUGCUUCCAACGAGCUCGUUGGUCGACAGCUCUGGAACGGAAUUGAGGACAUCGAUGCCGACGUUGAGACUGUUCUCUCUCUCGUCUCUGGAACCGUCAACGUUCUCAUCAAGCCUCCUGGAGACCGACCCACCGAGAUCCAGGUCCUGACCACCACCUUCAACUCUCUCAAUGCUGGUGUUGACAAGCUGCUGGCUGACCUUGGCAAGAUUCCUCUUGUUGGCUCUCUUGUCACCAUCAUUGCCAAGAUUGCCGCCAACCCCGUCAUUCACGGCCUCCUCCUGGUUGUCGAGGACCUGGUGACUCUGCUUGUCGGUGGUCUUGUCGACUACCUCGUUGUUCCUCUUGUCCAGGCCGUUGAUGGUCUUCUGAAGAGCGUCUCCGACCUUCUCCAGCUCCUUGGCGGUCUUCCCGGCCUCACCGACCUCGCUGCUCUUACCGGCGCUACCGACUCUGUCAAGUCUCUUCUUUCUGCCCACCCCGUCUCUGCCUAA